AUGUGCAAGGGCUUCAUUCAGGUUCCGAGCAAAAGAGCGUCAUGUCUUGUCCUACUCGUUUAUACCCACUUCGAAAGCCGCCAAAUCACCGGCUUCCCAUACCUACCCAGAUGGAAACUCCGUCUCCCCGACGAUUGCCAGCGAGUGUUUACCACCUACAUGGGUUUGCAGCAGCAUGACUCUGAUUCGCGAGCAAACAGUGCUCGACUGGACAUUGUAAAUGCCAUUCAAGACUGGAUACAGAGAAAUAAAGCACUCGUGGUUUCGGAAUCAUUCGACAUGAUCGGUGGGCAGGAUAUGAAAGAUCAAAACUACAAUGCUUUGGAUCUCUUGCAGAUUUACCACACGCUGGACUCGUCGGCUAGUGAUGUAAUCGGCAUUUGGCAAGAAAGCUUCGUCACAGAAACUUCCCGUCUUGAAACCUACUACUCCGGCCUUGACUAUCUCCCUGGUCUAGCCAGACUGCAAGGUGCAAGCUCCGACAUGAAUGCUCAAUCCUCGUGUAUUGUCCUUCCAAACCCUGGAGAUGUUGCGGCCAAACAAUGGUGA